UGUUGUGAUAAACUUAUUAAAUAGAUGGUAUGUAGAAACCGGUUUGUUGGUCAUAAGUGAUGGAUCGAGCAUCAUUUGAAGGAAAGAGUUUUGGAGAUAAGUUGGCAUCUCAUCAGCAAAAGUUGCCAAAGAUACCAAUUCCUGGAACGCAGCCGGCUAAAGACAUACCGGAAACACCAUCUCCGAACACAUACCUCCUGAAUGUGCAAAGACAGAAAUCGACGUUUAUGACACCCCUUGCUACAACCCAAACAUCCGUUGAAAAUGACAACCUGGGACAAGUCUCCAAGGCUUCAUCUAUUUCGAUUAAACCUCCACCAAAGAAACAGAAAAUUGAUAUGUCAUCGUUUGAAUCUGCUCCGCGACUCGAGCGAACCAACUCGGGAUCUGUUCUGGCAAAUUUGCAAGGCCCGACUCUACUGAAACUUGAAACCCCGAACACAUCUGUAAUUAGUGGCGACAACAACUUACUGGGACUGACAACACAUCAAGGAGUUAUCCCAAUAGUGUCUCAGAACGCAGUUUCCAUAGCAUCAGUCAAUGAUCUCGCCUUGUCCCAGAACAAUCAGCAACAGCUGGCGUUUGUCCAGAGUCAAGACGGAGGAGGUAGACUCCAGCGGCAACAAAAGUUCUCGAAUCCUUUUGAUAUGGCCUUCAAAUUCGAGAACUCAAAGUCUGUUGAGAGUCAGAACCCGCAAGAGACGAGAGUAGUGCCUUCAGUCUCCUCUGGACACGAUAAGAGCCAGAAUCAACAGGACUACAAGACAGCGCCUCUGACACCCCUAAAGACCUCAGAGAUCCCAGACAUUGUGCAAGAUCUGCAUGAUACAAUCAUGCAGCAGAAUCAGGCCGCCCAGUUUGUGCAGGGAAUCAACAUAAACGGAGUCACAUAUCUAGUCCAAACUCAGAAGGAACAUACACAAACUCAGGCACCCCUUCUGGCGUCACCUGGAAUUACGUCACUUAUAUCUGGCCCUCAAAACAGUUUCGUUCAGCUGGCCGCACCUUCAAAUACGCAGAAGAUACCUCGUCUGGUCUCAUUCGGAGCCAUCAACGGAUCUGAUGGGGGUUCCAGACCUCUCUUACUCUUAAACGGGGCUCCAGGAUCAGCUGCUGCAUCGUUCCAGGAUGUAGAGUUACUUGCCCAGCCACAAAUUAGCGUGAAACCAGUUAUUGGAAAUAUGGGCCAGAAUAUCAACCAGACUUUGUUGAAUUGGAGACCGGCUCCGUCUGUGACUGUGAGUUCGAGUCUCGCAGAUGUCGCAAAUGCGUUGAAAAAUGAGCCGGCGUUGGUGAGCGUGGGAGGCAAUAAUGUGACGACACAGUCUAUAGUGGACAAUGUGACGACAGCUAAGGCUAAAAUGCGAGAGCAGCUGGAGCGCAAGCUCCAUUCGUCGAACGGAACUCAUCAGUUGCAACAGAUGCAAGUGAAAACCACCUCUUCUGCGUUUUUGAAAGAAAACACCAACACCCAAUUGGGAAGCCAAGUGCCUCUGCAACUGAACAACCCACCGCCCACCCUGCCUAGUGGAAGCAAUUCAGUAGCCGAUUCGACAACAAGACUAGAGGAGACAGAGCCGAAGUACAGUCUGACCCGUGAAAAGAACCGAGAAGCUGCGCAGAGGUGUCGUGAGAAGCGAAAGAAAUGGAUCGCUAACAUACAGGACGAGAAUAAACGUCUCAAUACUGAGAACUCCCGUUUAAAAGAACAAGUAGCAGUGCUGCAACAUGAGCUGAUGGACCUGAAGACCCGACUGCUAAAUGAGCACUCAUCGCUCCUAAGUGGAUCCGCCUCGAAACUCUCCCUGCCUGCUGUCAGUUUGAGAAGCGAGUUCGCGGAAAGUGAGUUGAGCCAGAGUUCGAGCGGGAAUGUUAUCCAAGCGCCUCCAAAGCCAACGCUGCCUUUCAGUGACCUUAUACUAGACGGCAAAGAAUACAGACAAGCCGGAGCAGAAGAAUUGCAAUCUAUGGGAGUCGAUAUGAACUUCAUAAGUUCGAAUUAUAUCAAGGUAUCAGAGGCCAACAUGAGUGCCAGUGGCGAUCAUCUUUCACAGGUAUCCAACGACAGCCGCGUUUCUGGGAAGACCCUGGAAAAGUCGGAUUCAGGAGUUGACUCAGACGUAGAGUCCAAAUCUGGAGCCCCUAGCAUGUCGUUGACUACAAGCAUAGCGCAACUGCCCAACCCUUUGGGUAAUUACGUGAUGUUUUAUAGGCAACCGAGUAAUGCGAAUGGGCGACCGGCCUCAACUCCAUUGAUCACCUUUGAUGAUUCCUCUUUCAGCAUCUCUGCUGGUCAGCUGGUGUCCAGUAGCGGAAUUACGAUGCCAACCGUGGCGUCAAAUUCGAAUCUUUCGGACAAAUGACAGAUAUAAUGAAUAUAUUUUUGAACACUAGCAGCUAAAAUAAUAUCUUGUGAGAAAGAAGAAGUUGCAGUGGAAGUAGGCCGUCUCAUUUUAUUAUCGAAUGUUCGCUCAACUCUAUGCUCGCUCAAAGUCUAUCCCAGUAAUCCUAUUUAGAAUCUCAUUGCAACGCAAACAUGAAACCUUCUCACUCAUACUGAAAACUUGAGCUAGAAUUUGAAAUUUGUGAUAGUGGAUGUUUGGUGAUUACGCAAUUUUGCCUUCUGAAAUAAAAUUUAUUUUCCAUUUUCCAAAUUUAUUUUUAUUGGUCAGUAACACUAGUCCUGAAUUCUAUUAAAUAGAGUUCAUGUUUGAUUUGAACGCUGCCUCCGAGCAACUUCAGGUGUAUUGUUUUGAUAUCCUGAAAAUCCUUUUGUAAAGCGAGUGAUAUGGUAUUCUUUUUAAUUUAGUUGUUAUCUUUAUACAAAUCUGAAUUUUAAUAAUGUGUACAUUAUAUUAUGCAAUCAGAAUUCACUUAUUUAUAUGAA